AUGGGAUACGAACAAGACACGUAUGAUUUCAUUAUUGUAGGAGCCGGUCCAGCAGGCUGCGCUCUCGCGGCCUCCCUCAGCAAAACCACGGCCAGACCACGGGUUCUUCUCCUGGAAGCCGGCGGAAAGAAUGAAGAUGAAACACUAAGAGUCGACGGAAAACGCUGGACAACCUUCUCAGAACCUUCAUUGAAUUGGGGCUACAAAACCACUCCACAGGAAGGCUGUAACGGGCGAGUCCUGGACUACUCACGCGGGAAAGGAAUAGGCGGAGGCUCAGCCAUUAAUUUUGGGGUAUAUACUGUCGGCGCAAGAGAUGACUACGAUACAUGGGCGGAGAUAGUUGAGGACGAGGGAACGUUCGGAUGGGAUGCUAUGCAGCGACGUUUCAAGAAUCUUGAGACUUUUGAUGGGAGAGUUGACCUUGAAGAAAAUCGAAAGUAUGCGCAACCUAAUCCAGCUGAUCAUGGAAAUAACGGAGGUUUACAGACUGGGUAUGCGAAAAAGUGGGAAAGUGAUGUACCUCUCAUUCUUAAUUCCCUAUGGGAGUCUGGAUUUGCGCAGAAUUUAGAUCAUAACUCUGGCAAUCCCCUUGGAAUGGGCCUGAUGAUCAACUCUGCGAGUAAAGGACGCAGAACUACAGCAGCAGAUCUAUUGGUCAAUAUUCCAGACAACCUGGUUACUGUGACAGAUACGCCAGUUCAACGAGUACUCAUACAGGACAAGAAGGCCAUCGGAGUUGAGACCAAAGGGAGCAAGUACUUCGCUAGCAAAGAUGUCAUUCUGUCCGCUGGCUCCCUGGACACACCAAAGAUCCUCAUGCACUCCGGGAUCGGCCCAGCAGCAGAACUCAACAAGUUCAACAUCCCAGUAAUCCAAGACCUACCCGCAGUAGGCCAAGGACUCAAAGACCAUCUUUUCGCACCUAUAAUGUUAAUGCGCAGCCCCGAGAGCAACGACAGAAACGCAUUUUACGGCUCUGAAGACGCAAUGGAUGCAGCGCUGACACAAUGGAACAAAGACAAUACGGGAUCAUGGACUCAAUAUGGGUGCCAAGUGAGCUGCGGUUGGUUCAAAUCCGACAAAGUCACAUCAUGCCAGGAAUUCAAAGACCUCGAAGCGCCAGUCCAGGAAUUUAUGAACAGAGAAACAAUUCCACAGUAUGAAGUUAUUGCCGGGUUCCCCGUACACCUUGUCUUCCCUGGGACCUUCCAGGACUACAGCUAUGUCUGUCUGGUGGCCUUCUUGAUGAACGGGCAAUCAUCCGGCGAAGUACGCCUGCAGUCAUCUAAUCCAGACGACCCUCUUAUGUUUGAUCCGAAGUUCUUAGUCCACCCAUUCGACCAGCGCGCAGUUGUGGAGAUUUACAAGCAUCUACUCGAAGCAACCCGUCAUCCCAGUUUUGCAAAGGACACAGUUGCCCCGGCACUUGCACCGGAAUCCGACUCUGAUGAAGACAUUCUGGAGUUCUGGAGGAGUAACGCAUCGACUAGUUGGCAUAUGACUGGAACAGCGAAGAUGGGGAAAGAAGGAGAUGCCGAUGCAGCAGUUGAUAAGCGGUUCCGGGUGAUUGGAGUUGAAAAUCUGAGAGUUGCGGAUAUGAGUGUUGUCCCUGUUCUGACAAAUAAUCACACGCAGGCAACGGCGUAUGUGACAGGGGCUACUUGCGCAGAUGUUUUGAUUCGAGAGUAUGGCUUGGAUCGACCGUAA